AUGUUCUGUCUCCAAUCCAUGUUCUGCGGAGUGAGUGACGAAGAGAGGAACGUUACAGAUGUGAAAUUCAUCGCUGUCAUGCUGCUACAAGUGGGUGGAUCGGGGAAGCAGCAAAAACAACAACAACAUCCACCACCACACAACAGCAGCAACAACAACAACAACAACAACAACAACAACACGGUAAACAUAACAUAUAACAAUAGCAAGGUAGUUUGGAAUGAUCAAGUGCCGAUACGUGAAUGUCUUUCAUUCGGGACGAUGGAUCAAAAUGAGACGAUAGAUGGAGGAGUGGAUGGAUAUCAUUGCACUCCUCAGGACUAUCAAAAAUUCAAAUGCAACUUGCACAUCUUAGCAGACAACAACUUCCUCAAUAACAUCAAUUUUGAUUACAUUAACAAUGGCGGCCCGAACAUCAACAACAACCUCCUCAACAACAACUUCAUCAGCAACAACUUCAUCAACAACUUCGUCAGCAACAACAACUACGACACUACAAAUAAAAACUUCAAAGACAGUUACUAUAACAACAAUAUUAUUAGUAAUAUUAACAUUAAAAACAACAACAACCACAUCAACAAAAACAACCUUAGCAACAAAAACAACAACAGCACUAACAAAAACAACAACACUAACAACAACAACAUUGACAACAACAACAACUACGUCAACAACAACAGCAGCAACAGCAACAGCAGCAACGACAACAACAACGUAAACAACAACCUCAUCACAGCCGACUACGAAACACUCGAUCAAACUUUCCCAAAAGCAGUCUUUCUGACUGGAUUGUGUUUUCAAACUCGGAAGCGAUUAAUAUGA